AUGUUAAGUUUUCGGCAAUUGCACGAUCGGGAGAACGCUUUUCGUGAUAUCUAUGCGACUCGUUGCAACAAAGCUGUUUUUGCAUUCAAGUAUGCUGUAGAAGAAUUGAAGCAUUAUAAAUUGCACUAUAGCCAGAAAUGGUUUUCCUUGCCUCUCAAAUGUGCCGAGAGCCUUCAUGAAUUAUGUCUCGAGAUCCAGGAGGGCCUCGCUGAAGUUCAACCGGAUUUUCACCAUCUGAUGGAGUUAGGCUCAGAACUUCUCAACAUCCAAAGAAAUCAAUUCAUUGUCAUGGGAAGAGUUGCCUAUGAUAACACCAAGCAUGACGGAUUCUGUGUAUCCGCUUUGGUUAGUAUCUAUGAAAUCUGGGACAAGAUUUUGAAAGGAACAUACGAGCCACGAGGUCGCGAGCGUUUCCAGUUUAGAUUCGAUCCCGAUGAAGACCAUAAGUUUUGGAAGGUGUUCACUAUCAAAAACGCCUGCAUCUUUGACAACAAUACAACCCAGGUUGGAGAACUUGUCGAAAUCGAGCCGGAAGAUAGAGUGGAGGUCAGAGGUCUCCAUCACUAUUUCGGUGAGAUGAAGCUCAACGCAAGAGUUCACAUGCCGGGAUCCUGUUCUAUCACUCCAGUGUCUUCAUAUGAAUCUCUUCAUAAUAGCGAUGACGACACAUAUCUCACUUUCAAUCGAGGAGAGUUUAGAGAGUUUGAACGCGAAUGGGAGAGAAUCGAAGAGAGUCGCCAGGACAACGCUAAUCCGGAGUAG